UGCUGACUCAGCUUGACCUAGCAAAACUUUCCCUUCCGUGCUCUUCUUCCUCUGCUUUUUCUUGCGGAAAAAAAAAAUCAGCUCCCACCCAACAACGCUAAUUUACUCUCUCUCUCUCUCUCUCUCUCUCUCUACUGCAAAAGAAAAUCCAUCGCUGUUACUCAGAGCAGCAUAAGUCGAAAGCUCAGCAUUUCAGCUGUUUGCCCUAAACUGAAAGCAUGGACCACCUUACCAAUGCGUUUUCUGUGCUAGAGCUAGAUGCUGAAGAUAUUCAAGUUGACGCUUUUACUUCCUCCUCCAUUGCUAAACCAUUCACUGCAAAUAAUGCAGGGAAUAAUAGGAGCAAUGAGAAUGAGUCUGCGUCUACUUUGAUGGUUAGAAAUGGAAGACAGAAUGAAAAAGAUCUAGUCACAUGCUCAGUGGAGUACAAUAUGCCUCUUGUUUGGAUUGACAUGGAAAUGACUGGCUUGAAUAUCGAAGUUGAUAGAGUACUAGAGAUUGCUUGUAUAAUUACAGAUGGCAAUUUGACUAAAUCAGUGGAGGGUCCAGAUUUGGUUAUCCAUCAGAGUAAAGAGUGCUUAGAGCAGAUGGGAGAAUGGUGUCAAAGUCAUCAUGCAGCUAGUGGUUUGACAGAGAAAGUACUUCAAAGUACAGUGAGCGAAAGAGAAGCUGAAACUCAGGUAAUAGAAUUUGUGAAGAGACACGUCGGUACAUAUACGCCUCUUUUGGCAGGAAACUCGGUCUAUGUGGAUUUCUUAUUUCUGAAGAAAUACAUGCCAGAUUUGGCUAGUCUCUUCUCUCAUGUUGUUGUAGAUGUUAGCAGUGUUAAGGCUUUGUGCAUCCGCUGGUAUCCCAGAGAUCAUAAGAAAGCCCCAUCAAAGGAGAAUAAACAUAGGGCGAUGGAUGACAUUAGAGAAAGCAUCAGGGAGCUCAAAUACUACAAGGAAAAUAUCUUUAAGGCAAAAUCCAAGAAGUGAUCUGCAAAGCUGAAUUCUAUUAUUUCUUUUGGUAUAGCAGGCGCUACUCAUUUCUAUGCAAAGGCGGGUUCAAUUUUGGUUAGGAUCUCAGAUUUUAAUUGCUAGUGAUGCAGAAUUUGAAUUUGGUUCCAACAAGCUGAAAUUCCUGCUUUGCAUGAAUUAUACAUAAAUAUUUUAGGAGAAUAGGUUCACACCGUGUAAAAUAUAUGCCAAUUAACACUUUAUUAUACAUGUACAAUUAUGCAAGCUUUAUUA